AUGGCAUCCUAUUUAACUGACCAGGAUUUCUGGCUUAACUCUAACUUUACCACUCCAACCCCAAUCACCUUCGACAAUCACGAGAUCCUACGAUCCAUCUCUCCUCUCUCAUUAUCACAUAACUUCUAUUCCCCAGCUGCGCCGCAAAGAUCUCCUCUCUACUCAAGUCCUAAUAUAGCUUCAGAUCUCAAGAGAAUAAGAUCCAGAGGCAACAAAUACAGCAAAAAAGAAAUGGUAUAUCGAGCCAUCGAUGACAAGAUCGACUUGGUCAGAUUCCUGCAGGCGUAUGAGAGUAUACUUGCUGCUUUUGGCGUGGAGACGAGAGAAGUGUAUGAUGACAGAGAGAAAGAGAAGCUGGAUGUUGCUGAACGCAUUGUUUAUAGGUUAUUUUGGAAUGAUAGAAAUUAUGCGGGGAAUAGAGGGAGUGAAAGUGUGCCUCUAACGCGUGUUAAGGCGGAUAAUCAGGUAGUGGAUACGGAUAAAAAUACCUCGCGGCUACUGAGAGUUACGGCAUCGGAAGUAGAUGCUAUAAAUGCGAUUGUGGAUGAAGCAUAUGAAGGUCUUCGUAUGGCCACUGGACCAGUGAUUGAUAACGUACUCAACAAGGGUAAACUUACUUCAACUGUUACAGAGGUGAGAGAAGUGAGAGACACGGUGGAUGAAACUGAUCCACUGGGAAAUGCAAACGCAAACUUUACGAAUGGAAUUGUCGGGGAUGAUCUUUGCGUUGCUGCAGGACCACAAAUCAAUAUCAGUGCUGAAAAAGACCAAAUCAGGUUUAAAGUCGCAAAAGUAGUCGAGGAACCUAUUGAAAUUGAUAUACCGUUGGUAGGAUUCCUCAAAGACGGAGGUUUGGAUGAAGAACCUACUGUUUUCGCAAACCAUGUAACCAAUGUCGUUGAUGAGAAAAAUCGGAUCUUCUCUACAAUUGCAGAAGUCAGAGAAGCACCAAGAAGCUUUCGCCUGGCUAUAAGGUCUAAGUCGACUAGUGAUCCUACAGAUCCUCCUACAGUUAUUUCCAUCAAGUCAGAAGGCAGUACAUCUAUAGAAGCCCUUCACGAACAAUGGAUAAAAAGUCCGGAGAUCCUACUACUCGGAAGAUGGGGUCGCGAGAGAUAUAAUGAAUGGAAAAGAGAUAAUGCUGAGGCUCAAAAUGAAAUCGCAAAACAAGAAAUAUUUCGUCUGAUGGAAUUGAAGCAUCAGCUCUUGCCGUUCGAAUCAGGAAAGCGGCCUUACACCUAUGGCUUCACAUCAUUCACUCAAAACCAUCUAGAUUCUUCAGCUCUUCAGCUCUGGAGCUUCGAUCCAGUUAAAAGAACCGAAGAACUUCUUGGUGUCAAAUUGCUGUGGAAAUAUGAAGCGUUCAUUCUCAAGAGAAUCACCGUGGAACCGCUAAGCCUUGAUGAAUUGGCAGCGGAUGAGACUAAAGGCCGCCAAGCACUGGAGAACGCAUAUAAGUUCCUUGGAUUUUGGGACUGGUCGGUUCGAUCUCCUUGCAAGGGAGAGGAGAAAGCAAAACCUAUGCAUCAAAUUUGCUUGCAAUGGCUUGAUCCUAAUAAUGUGUUCCGUAAAGCUUAUUUUCAAAAGAGAUCGGUUUCUAAUACGUCGGAAAAGAUUAAAAGAAAUCGUGGGGGUAGUGGGAGUAGGGAUGUCGGAAGUUGGAGGGAGAAACGCACGGUUAGUGGUGCGAAUUAUAUUGGAGAGAAGAAAAGGUGUGUGAGUGGCAGUUGGUAUGGAGGGAAGAAGAGAAAGAGCAGUUGGAGUAGUGAUGUUGAGAGGAAAUAUGGCAGGAGAGAGAAUUUGAGUCGAGGACAACGGAUAGCUAGAAAGAAGACGGCGAUAGAGAUGUGGGAUGCUAGAGAGAAUUAUUGA